AGACCAUUCUUGUGCAGUUCCGCAUAAAAGCGGUAAGGUUGCCGGCCCCGGUUUGCAGGGUUCAAGCGCUCCACCGGCGGCGGCACCACCACUAACGUGCGCACUGCGCACUUCUCUGAUUCUCUCCUGAGCUUUCUUUCCUUCGGUUCUCUCUCAAUCGAGGUCAGCAGCAACUUCGAGUCCAUCACUUCACUCUCUGCCUUUAAAAGUAACGAGCAAAAUUCAUUCUUUAUCUUUCAUAAUUGGUCGCCCUCUCUGCUGAAAAAGAAUAUUUGCUUUUUUUGCGUUUGCCUUUAAGUCACCGAUCCUAAGGAAUGUUUCAAAAUCUCUUCCAUUCUCACAAGGGAAGAAAAGUCAAUCCCAAAGAUGAACUAAGAUAAAUAUUUCCGAUCAUCUCCUGCGGAUGUGAUUCUUUUCUCAGACGAGUUUGAUAGAAGAGUCAUAAGAAGAAAAGAAGGUUCUUGUUUUAUUUUCAGUAAUUUUUUGUUUUCUUUUGAGAGAUACCUAUCUCUUUUGGGUUGUUAAUCGGGAGUUUGAGUUCCGGAAAAAUUUAGAGAUGGACGCUGCUGUUCUUGACGAUAUAAUUAAUCGGCUUUUGGAAGCUCGAGGUAAACCAGGGAAACAGGUGCAACUCUCGGAGUCGGAGAUCCGGCAGCUCUGCCUCGUCUCCAAGGAAAUUUUCUUGCAACAGCCCAAUCUAUUGGAGCUUGAAGCGCCCAUCAAGAUUUGCGGUGACAUUCACGGACAAUAUUCUGAUCUUCUAAGGCUUUUUGAGUAUGGUGGAUUACCUCCUCAAGCCAAUUACUUGUUCUUGGGGGAUUAUGUUGACCGGGGAAAACAAAGCCUGGAGACAAUAUGCCUUCUCCUUGCAUAUAAAAUAAAAUAUCCAGAAAACUUUUUUCUCCUGAGGGGUAAUCAUGAAUGUGCUUCCAUAAAUCGCAUAUAUGGAUUUUAUGAUGAAUGUAAGCGAAGAUUUAAUGUCAAACUGUGGAGAGUGUUCACAGACUGUUUUAACUGCCUACCUGUUGCUGCUUUAAUUGAUGAGAAGAUUCUCUGCAUGCAUGGAGGACUUUCUCCAGACCUUCAUAAUUUGGAUCAAAUACGAAAUUUACAACGGCCAACAGAUGUCCCAGACACUGGGUUACUCUGCGAUCUUCUAUGGUCUGACCCCAGUAAGGAUAUUCAAGGAUGGGGGAUGAAUGAUAGAGGAGUUUCAUAUACCUUUGGUGCUGAUAAGGUUUCGGAGUUUCUUGAAAAGCAUGAUCUGGAUCUAGUUUGUCGUGCUCACCAGGUUGUGGAAGAUGGAUAUGAGUUCUUUGCUAACAGGCAACUUGUAACAAUUUUUUCAGCACCUAAUUACUGUGGGGAAUUUGAUAAUUCAGGUGCCAUGAUGAGUGUGGAUGAGACACUAAUGUGCUCUUUCCAAAUACUAAAGCCUGCAGAAAAGAAAGCAAGGUUCAACUUUGGGAGCACAACUACAUCUAAGCCUGGUACUCCGGCAGGAGUCAAGUCAUUCCUUGGUGCUAAAGUGUGAGAAGUUGGUAUACAUGAAGGAGAUGCCAGAGGUUACUGCAAUGCUAAUCAAAGAAUGAAUGUUCACUCCUGUCCAAUGCAGGGAAAGGGUAUAGAGGGGAGUACUUUAAUCUCUGAAAGAUGCAAAACCAAUUUUUCCCCUUAGCAUAAUGUUGCCCUUGAUCCCCUCCUUGUGCACUAUUAUCUUCUACUGGUGCUACCAAUGAUUAGCUUGUGAACUUAUUUAGUGUUACUUGUCUCUGCUUUGGACCAUUGCAGGAUGCCUUUUUUAACACCUAAAUACUCUCAGGCCCCCGAUGGCAAAAGAAGUGAGAACCAAAAGUUUUUUCCAUUAAAACACUUCAUUUAUGACUCAGAA